GCGGGAGCUGCGAGCGCCCCCUGGUGGCGGGACGGGAGCGCGGCCCCGCUCCCGCUCCCGGUCCCGGUUCUGCUCCCGGUCCCGGAGGCCCCGGAGUGCCGUCCUGUCCCCCGUGUCCCCUCAGCCCGCGCUGCCACCAUGAGCUCCGAGACUUUGGUCAAGGACGUCAAACCCGGCCUCAAGAACCUCAACCUGAUCUUCAUCGUGCUGGAGACGGGCCGGGUCACCAAGACCAAGGACGGCCACGAGGUCCGGACGUGCAAAGUGGCCGACAAGAGCGGCAGCAUCAACAUCUCGGUGUGGGACGAUGUGGGCAACCUGAUCCAGCCUGGGGACAUCAUCCGCCUCACCAAGGGCUACGCCUCCGUCUUCAAGGGCUGCCUGACGCUCUACACCGGCCGAGGGGGGGACCUGCAGAAGAUUGGGGAGUUCUGCAUGGUUUACUCCGAGGUGCCCAACUUCAGCGAGCCCAACCCCGAGUACGUGGCACAGCAGGCGCAGGGCAAGGGGGCCCCGCCCGACGGCUCCGCCCCGGCAGCUCCGCAGCCCCCGCCGGGCCCCCCCGCCGCCCCCCCAGCCCCCGAGAGCCAGAACGGGAACGGGCUGAGCCCGGGGGGCCCCCCCGCGCACCCCCCGAGCGGCCGCAUCACCCGCAGCCAGCCCGGCCCCGUCAGCAACGGCAAAGAGACCCGGAGGAGCGGCAAGAGAUAACGGGGACCCCCCCGGGACCCCCCCGGGACCCCCCCGGGACCCCCCCGGGACAUCCCCGGGACAUCCCCGGCGCCGCCACAACCGGGGGGGGGUCCCCGGUUCCCCAAGGCCGUAACGGGGGGGGCGGGCCCGGUGUCCUGCACCCCCCACCGGAUCCCCCCGGGACCCCCCCGGGACCUCACCGGGACCUCACCGGGGCAUCCCCGGCACCGCCACAACCGGGGGGGUCCCCGGUUUCCCCAAUCCCGAAGUUCCCGGUGUCGCUCCGGUGCUCGGGGGGCUCCAUCCGGUGCCCCCCCGGUGCCCCAUGUCGGGAAUCGGGAGGCGUUAAUAAAGAACCGAGCUCUG